CCACACACACACACAUCACUCGCGCCGCCCACCUCUCGCGCCCUCCAUGCCCCGCCAUUCCCUGCUCUGCUAAGCACACGCAGCGCCUCGCCUUGCUCGCGCCGCACGUGCGGCUCCGGCAGCGGGCGAGCGGCGAGCGAGUGCGCGCCAUGCCCAGCGCACCCGUUUAUGCUGCCCUCGACGCCGCUGCCCUCUGCUCCCGCAGCGCGCCAAAGUCAUGUCUGGCCUCCGCAGCGGCGCGCUGUCACUUCUCCGCGCGCCUACGCCUGCGGCGGCACGCAGCCAGCUGCUGCGCGUCCCCUCGCUGCCGGCCUGGGCACGCAGCACGGCGGGCGCCAGACGGCACGUCUACGGCGCCGCCGCUGCAGCCGAGGCGCAUGCUGCCUGGGCAGCCUCGCAGGAGGAGCUGCGCGAAGCCGACGAUGACGAGGGACGAGAGGCGAUCCUGCGCCUCCAGCAGCGUCGCGCGCGCUUGACGAGCAGCAGCAGCAGCGGCAAGCAGCCAGAGGCAGCACGCGGCUCGCACUUGGCGCCCGCCGAGGGCUUCUUCUCGCGGGCCCAGCACGCCGUGCCUGUGCCUGCCGCUGCGGCUGCCGCAAUCUCUGCGCCGGCAGCUGGCUUCAGCGACGCAAGCGAUGGUGCAAGGCAACCCGUUGCGCCUUCAAGUGCACUCUCAGCCGACGUGGAGAGCUCUCAGACUGCCGCCCGCUCCGUCGUCGCAGCAAUCGCCGUCGCCGAACAGGCAGCGCCCGACGCUCGCACCUCUUCUCUUUCCGACUCUCGAUCUCGUUCCGUUCCGCGCAUCAUACCACCAGCCGAGCAUCUUCUCUCCUCGCUCCUCUCGCUCUCUGAGCUCGACGCUCUCCUCGAGGAAGCACAUCUCUCCAUAGCGCAUGGCGAGCAUGCUCUUCCCACCUUCGCCGGGCAGCUCCUCACAGCUCUGCGCGAGCGUGUGGCGCUGCGCUGGGAAGAGCGUGACGCCAGCGCCGAUGCAGAGGAGUUGAGUCUGCUGCUGCUGGCUCAGUAUCUCCCCUCUAGCACACCGCAAGAGGCCACCUCUCGACGGGCGUGUCUUCGCACCGCAUAUGCGCUCUACCUCGCCGCGCCCGCCUCUACACCGCGCAUCGCGCCCCUCUUCGCAUCCCUAGUAGCGCUCCGCCGACGCGUGCUGUACGCAUACGUGGCGCACCAGCUCGUUGGGCCUGCUCGUGCCGUCGUUCGCGGCUGCCAUGCGCUGGCAGACGAGCGGCUAGGCAAGUCACAGGCGCGCUAUCUGGUGCGCAAGGCGCUCGACAACGUGUCGCGCAUGCCGCUGCAUAGCCUUGCGCGGCGACAGGCGCUCGAGGGUCUCACUAGCAGUGCACGGACGCUCCUAUCGCGGGGCGUUCUGCAUAUCUACAACUCGCCUGGGCGCGCACCAGACGUUGGCGAGCACCAGAAGCACCUCGGCACGCAGCCGCGGACCGAUGCGCGGGAGCUGCACUCGCUGCUGCGCCUACUCGCGCACUCGCAGCUACCCGAUGCGGUCUUGCAGCUGGCGCGCAGUGCGUCGCAGGUCUCGAGUCUCGCAGACGGCGCUCCUGCUGGGCAAAGCGAAGCGAGCCAGGCGAAUGCGCGCUGCAGCUGGGCGAGACCAAACAUCGUCGAGCAGACACUGCACCUCCUCGUCAUGCGCAGCGGCGGACGACAAGCUCUGUCGCUGCUCAAACUCGUGCCGCUUGAGCAGCGCACACACGGCAUGUACCUGCCGCUCCUUACUCGCUGGAGCGAGUGCGCGCCUCGGUUGCGCCUUGGGUCGCAGGGGCAGGCCGAGAGCGAGACUGCAACCUCUAGCGCAGGCCGUCUUGGUCGGCAACGAAGUGCGCCUCUCUGUGCGCGAGUAGAUCGGGAUCGACGCGCCCGCGCACGUACGAGCGCCGAGCUCUGGAACGAGCUGCUGGCGUCCCUCGGCGGAGCACUUCCCACGCGCGCAGAGAUGUCGCAGUCGCGGCAGGAGGCAGUCGUGGCCGCGUUCGCCGCGCGCAUGGUAUCGCACGCACGCGCAAGCAGACCAGGUCUCGUCAUGGCGGACCUCGCUGCGUUGCGACGGCUCGACUUGCUCUCUGCCCCCGACGAGGGGUCAAGUGCCCAGCCGCACGCCGCCCAGCCACUCGGUCGUCUCUUGCCGCUCUCGGCGCAGCUGGCCGCCCUGCAAGCCUUCCUCAACGCCGGUCGCUACCGCACCGCUCGGUCCCUCUGCGCGCGCUUUCUCACCACGUCCGACGUCGCUUCGCUACAUGCGCGCCAAGAAGGCUACCUCUCCACGCGCGGCACAGCGCUGCUCAACACCUUGCUGCGCGGUGCACUGGCGCUUGCGAUGCCUCUCGACAAGCGCAUGACACGUCGCUCCAGGAUUGCGGCAACGACGAGCUCGUACAGCCGCCCACUGCGCGCAUUCGCCAGUGCGCGCUCAGCGCGCUUGCGCACGCAGGGCGGACGAGGACGAGGACGGAGUGGCGAGCAGCAGCGUCGAGAAGCAGCUGCCCCGCACACCCGGCCAGGCGCAGCACCUGCAAGCGCCGUCGUGGCGUCGAACGCACGUCGCUGGCAUGCAGCUCAAGCACCGCCUCCGCUCUUCUGGUGGCGCGCGCUCGAGCGAGCCGAGUCCGUGCUGCACCUCUUCGCAGCGUACGACGUGCGACCAGACGAGGUGACUGCGAAUGUCGUGCUGCUGCUGCUCGUGCGCAAGGCGCACAGCGCAGCUGAACUGCGCGCGCUGGCGGCGCUGGCGCUCGGCGAGAGCAGCGUGGCUGGUCACAAGGUGGCUGCAAAGGCGCUGCCGAGACGCGCUGGCGACGACGACGAGGAGCAGGCGAUGCAGCGCGCGGCUCUCCUGCGUGUGGCUGCCGCCAGGAGUCUGCUUCGUCGAUGGCAGAUCCCACUGCCGCGCGCCGCAUUUUCGAUGGCCCAGAGCCGCUCGGCAGAGGCGAAGCGACGCUACGAGAAGCUGCAGCGCCCGUUCCUGGGAGCGCUGGCGCGCAAACUGUACGAGUAUGGCGAUGGCGAGGCUGGCCGUGGGGCUGUGCGUCGCUAUGUAGAGGUCAGGGAGGGCCUGCGGAGAGGGCAAGAGGACAAUGCAUAGCUCCUGCGCUCUCUGGCUGCGUCUGAAGCGAUUCGAGAGGCACGCGCAGGCGCCUCCAGCCUGUGCGCGCUCGCUGUGCGCAUUGGCAGGCAGCUCACACCUUGUCAGAAGAUCAAGAAACAUGGC